GCCAUAAAUUUAGCACAUUCUCCAAAUAUCAUCCCAAAGCCAUAUACGCCUAUACAAGAACAACAGAAACAACAACAACACAGCGAAAAACAUCCUAACAAACGGUCAUUGCUGGUCUUAGCGGCAGCGCCAAAAAAAUUGACAAAGAAGACACGACAAAAACGUUCGCAGCAUGACUUGGCCACAUCGGAGGAGUAUUUGAGAAAUAUGCCAACAUAUGCUUACAAUCUGGCCUUGCUAAACAUUAUGCACAGCCUGAGGAAACAACUAUCCAACAUUGAGUUGGCGCGUUUACGUUCACGCCUUGGUCGUAGUGCUGCAGCUGAUUUGCAAUUGUUCAAUGAAAUCUACAACAGCAAUAGCAACAAAAACAACAACAAUAGACUUCUGUUCAACAAAGAAUCCGGCUCAAUGAAUGAUGGUGAGUUGGGCAGUAGCUACAAUGACGGUGGUGUGGACUUUGUCGCUGGUGCCAGUCUAAUUGGCACUGGCACUGGCACUGGCACUGGCACUGGCUUUGACACUGGCAAUGGUGGACUCGAAACGCUUGAAGGCGUUGGCGGUGGAGGUGCUGCUGUUGGUACCGGUAAUGACAUGCUUGCCAAUGACAUUGAGGACCUUAGCGUGCCAUGGCAAUUUGUGGGGCGCGUCAGCAAAAAAUCCUCAGCACUCUAUAAGCCACGACUGGGCAAACGUACGCAGCAGCAGCAGCAGCCAAAGACAUGCAACUAAAAUGUCAGCAGUGUGCGUGCUGCAUAGCGCCGCAUAGUGGUUGUGCAGAGGAGCGGAAGUAAAGGCAUGCAUUUCAUUUAAACAUAGCAAGGUUGUAUUCGCUUGUUUGUUUGUCUGGCUUUUGUGACAGAGAGUAGCAAUUUUUGAAGUGGGCGAGUUGUUAGGUGGAUCACAGCGUGGACAACUCUGUCACGCACAUACACAUUCCCGAGUUGGGACAAUAUGCAACUGCAUACACGACCGCAACUACCACUACAU